AUGUCUUGGAAACGCAAAACAAAUCAGCCUAACAAACUGAAAGAGCUAUCUCCUGAUUCGCCGUCUGUAACUGGACUUGCGCACAAAUCCUCGAAUACCUCUUCAAUCGCUGACACUGCAGGAAGCCCUGGCGCCAUGGAAUUUGCCCCCUUCCUUACACAUCCCUCCAACACAGGCUGCAUUCUCAAUCUUUCACCCAAAGCGGCGGUAACCACAGCUCCCUCCCCCAAGUCGCAGAGAGAGGCUGCCUCUGCAGACAUCAUGUCAAUCCUUCGGGACACCUGCCUUUCAUCGAACCUUAGUAGGGAAGAAAAGAUCUCGCUUCUGUCCGAGGUAGCAAAUCAAAUCAGUGGACUCAAAAGGCAGUUGAAUUCUUCACCCCUCAACACCAGCAGCAACAGUAACGGCAGUAAGACUGAUGAUGACACGCCCCUGAAUCUUACGCAAGAAAAACAUGAAAUCUCGGCAGAAAAACAACCAGAGUCACUUCUGUGGUGUGGUCAGGAGAGCGCUACCCCCAGUAUCUCCCCCUUCCUCUUGCAUGCCGGACUCAUUGAUACUGGCAAAAUCAGUAGCAUUCCCCCAAAACUUGGAGGCAAUGAAGGUGAAAAACUUGCCUUCCCCAUCUGUUCUGAUCCAUCCAAACUUCCGAAUUACAUGUCGCCUCUCGAUGUUGGUGCGACGAAUCCGUGCGAUUUGUUGCUCAAAAUGAUUCAAGCCUGCCAACAAAACGCCUCCACCGGUCCACCUUGUAGUGAGCAGUCGCAGCAACAGCAACCGCCCAUACCAGUGUCAUCAACUGGUUCGGAGGGGAGCAUGCCCGUCAUCCCACUCGGUCUUACAUCUCUACCACUGCGAGAGCCGUCUGUUUCCACAGGUCUCCCCAUCCCUCUACUCAGCAUGAGACUGGGGGACGCAAAAUCAGAGCAGCAACUCCUUACUCACCUGGGUCUUGAUCCAGCUCUUCUUUCCACUCUGCAGAAUGGUCCCAAGGGUUUACCCCUUGGACCUCCAACACAAUCAGGACGGAUUCCUUCUGGUGACCUCUUUGCUUCACCAAAAUUAGCCUUGUUGUCAUCACAAAGCAAUGGAUUCCCACUAAUGCGUCAAUCUCCACCACUCCAGUCAUCACAUCAGGAGACGGAAAGCGAACAAAAGCCGAAUCAGAGUACUGGAUUCGUUCAGUCAAGAAAGAUCUUCACAAAAUGCGAUUUCGGGGAGAUCGAGUCUAGUAGACUUGACGAUUCGAAUGACGUAAGCCAAACAAAGUCACUCAAAAGACCUCACAUUAAGCGGCCUAUGAACGCCUUCAUGGUUUGGGCUCGUGAGGAGCGUCGUAAAAUACUCAAGGCUUGCCCUGAUAUGCACAACAGCAAUAUUUCGAAGAUUCUCGGAGCCAGAUGGAAGGCGAUGUCGGCAGAGGAGAAGCGACCUUACUACGAAGAACAGUCACGAUUGAGUCGCAAGCACAUGGAGGAUCACCCAGACUAUCGAUAUCGACCGCGGCCCAAGCGAACCUGCAUUGUUGACGGGAGGAAACUGCGCAUCUCUGAGUACAAGGAACUAAUGCGUAAUAGACGCGGCGAAAAUCGCAAACAUUGGUUUGGAAACGGAGAUACACAGCGCAUAGUGGAGGGUCUUCUAGGCACAGCUAUGUCAAAAUUGCAGAGUUCUGGUGUAAGUGAGAGCAAUUCCAUCAACGAAGCAGUAGAUGACCCCCGUCCCCCAACAAUGUUGCACAUUCCCACAAAAUUCGAGCACUACCCAAGCAAUCCGUCUCCUGCCGGUGGCUUUCACCACCCAAAUUUUCCUACGCUGGCUCCCACAGGCCUCACAUUUUCUCUGCCGAUCGCAUCCAACGCUUCAACGUGUGAGACGACUUGUGAGCUCGGUCAAGUUCGCCCCUUACCCCCGCUGCCAAACCCUGCCAUCACUACUGCUACUGCUACCGUCGCUACGGCGACAUCCUCUGUGAGUCCAGAGGAUCUCUCUCCUCGUUCUGCCUCACCUCUAAUCAGAAUUCACUCAACACCAGGCCUGCAAACAACUUUGUGA